ACGUUCUCACAUCAUUCAUCACACCACAAAUUACAGCUUCUUCUAAGCUGGACCCCUUCCAUUUCUUAAACGCGUUUAACCAUUAUUCAUUUUCCUUUUUCCAAAAAAAAAAAACUCUUUAUUUAUAAAAUAAUAAAAUACCAAAAUUUCAUUUUUCACAAACAAAAAUUGUCAAAGAAUAUCAAAACUCUUUAUUACUAAAAUAAAUAAACAAACACUAUAUAUACUGUAUUUGAUUUCUCUCUCACACGGUUCAAAUUUCGAAUUUCAAACAAACCAAAUCCAAAACACAGACACUACAACGAUGAUAUCGCGAUUACCGAGUCUCAUCGUCGUUUUAGCAACAAUCAUACUUUCAACGACGUCGUUUACCGAUGCACAAACCGAUGGACUAUCCUGCAACGGCAUAUUCAUCUCUUACUCUACCAGCACCGCACUACGUCUUCCUCCGAACGUCACCGACCCAAAGAAACAACCAUACCGAUUCGAUUCGACGUUGACUGUAGUCAACAACGGUCUCGAUGAGCUCAAGUCAUGGAAAGUCUUCAUUGGAUUUCAACACAACGAGUUUUUAGUUUCCGCUUCCAAUGCGGUAAUCGCCGACGGUACUACCCUCCCCGCCGCCGUUGGAAAUGGAACUGUUUUGGCUGGAUUUCCUAUGACUGAUUUGAAGACUGCUGUUGAAACUGCUGGUGAUUGGUCUCAGAUGCGGACUCAGAUCAAGCUUCUUGGUACUGUUUUUGGGGUGGCGCCGCCGGCAAUUCCGUUGCCGUCUUCCAUCAAACUCACUAAUGAUGGGUUCAUUUGUGGGAAAGCCACCGGUGAAGUAUUAGAGGAAGAUGAGGCUAAAGUGUGUUGCACAAGAGAUCCAAAGUUCAAAGGAAGCAUCACUACAGAUGAAAAGUUUCUGCCUCGUCAGAAUGGUGAUCUUACUAUUAUGUAUGAUGUGAUCAGAUCUUAUGAUUCAAAUUACUGGGCAGAGGUUGCUAUUACUAACCAUAAUACUCUUGGAAGGCUUGAUAAUUGGAGGUUGAGUUGGGAUUGGAUGUAUGGUGAGUUUAUAUUUUCAAUGAAAGGUGCUUAUCCGUCUGUUGUGGAUUCUUCUGGUUGUAUCUUUGGUAAGCAAGGUACAUUUUACAAGGAACUUGAUUUUGCUAAUGUGUUGAAUUGUGAGAGGAGACCUACCAUUAUUGAUCUUCCUCCUACUAAGUUCAAUGACACUGAUAUUGGGAAAAUUCCUUCUUGUUGCCGGAACGGUACUAUAUUGCCACCAUCUAUGGAUCCAAGUAAAUCUGUUUCAAGAUUCCAAAUGCAGGUAUACAAAAUGCCGCCUGUGCUUAACCGGUCCGAGCUUUCACCGCCUCAAAACUGGAAGAUCAGUGGAUCACUUAACCCCGACUACAAAUGCGGUCCUCCGGUUCGUGUUAGUCCUACUGAGACUCCAGAUUCUAGUGGGUUGCCAUUAAACAAAACUGUAAUGGCAAGUUGGCAGGUUGUGUGUAACAUUACAACAGCCAAGGGAACAUCAAAUAAAUGCUGUGUCUCAUUUUCAGCUUAUUACAAUGAAUCAGUUAUUCCAUGCAAAACAUGUGCAUGUGGAUGCCCCAGGAAUGUGCCAAGAACAUGUAGUACUACUGCACCUGCUAUGUGGCUUCCCUCACAGGCACUCCUUGUUCCUUUUGAGAACCGAACUGCUCAGGCUGUUGCGUGGGCUAAUCUGAAACAUCUACCACUGCCACUACCAAUGCCCUGCAGUGAUAAUUGUGGUGUGACCAUCAAUUGGCAUUUACUUACAGAUUAUAAUAAAGGAUGGAGUGCAAGGGUCACACUUUUCAAUUGGGGUGAGACUAAUUUUGCAGACUGGUUUGCUGCUGUGCAAAUGGACAAAGCUGCUGCAGGUUUUGAGAAAAUGUAUUCAUUCAAUGCAAGUUCCUUAGAGAUAGACGGCGUGAAUAAUACGAUAAUAAUGCAAGGUUUGGAGGGAUUGAACUACCUUGUUGGAGAAACAAAUGGAGCUGACCCUCGGAGAGAUCCUAGAGUGCCUGGCAAACAACAGUCAGUAAUCUCAUUCACAAAGAAAACUACUCCUGGAAUCAGUGUUGUUCGUGGUGACGGGUUCCCCACUAAAGUUUUCUUCAAUGGGGAAGAAUGCUCUCUUCCUUCUGUACUCCCAACUAGCAGUGCUUCCAGGAAGGGAUUUCCCUAUGCUACUUUGAUGCUUCUACCAUUGUUGCUAUUCGUCUUCAUGUUGUAAUAGUGGUUAUGUUACGUUUUAUUUUGGCGGUUUGAUUUUGGAGGUUCUGGCUUGCCAUUGAUCUGGACAGGAUAUUUGAUUGAUAGGUUGACCUCGUCACAGAAACAAAAUGAGAAAUAUCAGUGGACUGAGUCGUGUUGCGGUAACAUUCUUGCUUGAUGUCUAGUUUAGAUUCUUUCAGUUGACAGAAUCAACUGAUAUGAUUCUUUCAACCAUGUUAUUAUGGUACAGAAGAUUGUAGAUUUGUGUUAGAUGAUAGAGAUAUAUUACUUUUCUAUUGAAAGUUCUUUAGUAUUAUAAUUACUUUGUUUCUUUCUUGUUUAAUGGCUUUUUGUAAUUUUUGUGAGGGCAUUAUUUAUCAUUGUCACAUACACUAAAAUUAUUACUACAUGACAAGUGAUUAUUGGCACUUCUCACCAAUGUAUCUAAGGUUAAAAAUGCUUUGUCGGUUA